AUGGUUGUCAAAGCGCUUAUUCUUGGUGCGGGCUAUGGAACACGCUUGCAAAAGGACUUGAUAAACAAUGAGACCUAUCAUCAUCUCCUCGGUGUACCCAAAGCACUUUUACCACUUGGUGGACGUGAUUGUCUUAUUACUCAUUGGCUUGAUAAGUUGACAGAGAGUGGAUUCAGCAAACAAGAAGAUAUUUAUGUAGUGACGAAUGAAGCCAGCGCGAAUGAAUUUGCAAAGUGGGCGGAACGACAUGAUAUUCCUUUGGAUCACAUUAUCAAUGAUGGCACAACGACAAACGACACUCGACUGGGUGCUGUACCUGAUAUCUUAUUUGGCAUUGAUCAUAUCUUUAAGAACAAGAACAACAGCUCGGUGCUUGUGAUUGGCGGGGACACUUUAUUCUUGAAGGAUUUCGAUUUGGACAAGUUCAUGGGACAAAAGCAACAGGGGGCGUGUUUAGUGACAACCUAUACUGUGGAUGACAACACGGUGCCCAAGGUCGGUAUUGUGGAAACGAAUGAACAAGGUGUCAUUCGAUCGUUUUUGGAAAAACCAUCGGCUCAUGAAACGACGGCUCGUCAAGCUUGUCCUUGUUUUUAUCUUUUGGAUCCUUUGGCUAUUACUCUGAUCCGUGAUUUUUUGGCUGACUGCAAACAGAAACAACUUGGUUUGGAUCACUAUGAUGCCACUGGGAAAGCAUUGGCCUACCUCUAUCCUCGAUUACCUGUUCAUACUUUUCCUAUUUCUGGUCGUAUCGAUGUUGGUGGUCUCCAAUCCUAUAUUGACGCUCAUCAUUAUUUUAGCACAACAACUCUUACUACUGGAAAUUUGGACAAAUAAGAUGAUAGUACAAGCUC